GAAAGUCGUUUUGUGGUCACGCUGCUGACACGACGACAGACCUUCUGUGAUUUUUGUUGAAGACUUUGUUGCAAUUUGUUUUUUUGUUUUGUUUAAACCAUGUCGACGGCCAUCGAUGAACUGCAGGCAAUCAUUGCCGAACUGAAAACGGAGCUCGAGGAGCAAAAGACAGCCACACGCAAUGCACGCGACAAAAUCGAGCAUAUGUCUGCCGAGGUGGUGGACUCGAAUCCCUACAGUCGCCUCAUGGCGCUCCAGCGCAUGAACAUUGUGAAGGAUUACGAGCGCAUACGUGACAAGGCGGUGGCCAUUGUAGGAGUGGGUGGCGUUGGCAGCGUCACAGCCGAUAUGCUGACGCGCUGCGGCAUUGGCAAACUCAUCCUAUUCGACUAUGACAAAGUGGAGCUUGCCAACAUGAAUCGUUUAUUCUUCACACCCGACCAGGCGGGUCUCUCCAAAGUGGAGGCUGCCGCACGCACCCUGAGCUUCAUCAAUCCCGAUGUGCGGCUCGAGACGCACAAUUACAACAUUACCACCGUGGAUAACUUUGACAAGUUCCUGGCCACCAUCUCAGAAUCGGGCAUACAACAGGGACAAGCUGUGGAUCUAGUGCUCAGCUGUGUGGACAACUUCGAGGCCCGCAUGGCCAUCAAUUCGGCGUGUAACGAAAUCAAUCUCAAUUGGUUUGAAUCGGGUGUCUCCGAAAAUGCCGUUUCCGGUCACAUACAGUUCAUCCGUCCGGGUGAUACCGCAUGUUUCGCUUGUGCUCCGCCGCUGGUCGUUGCAGAGAACAUCGAUGAGCGUACGCUGAAGCGUGAGGGCGUCUGUGCUGCCUCGCUGCCCACCACCAUGGGCAUUACGGCGGGUCUGCUCGUCCAGAAUGCGCUUAAAUAUUUGCUCAACUUUGGCGAAGUCUCUGACUAUUUGGGCUACAAUGCUUUGAAUGAUUUCUUCCCUAAAAUGACAUUGAAGCCAAACACACAAUGCGACGAUAGGCAUUGUUUGAAACGCCAAGAAGAGUUCCAAGCUCGUCCCAAACCUGUUGUCGUCGUGGAGGAGACGGUGUCCGAUGAACCACUGCAUGCCACAAAUGACUGGGGUAUUGAGUUGGUUGCCGAAGAUGCGCCUGCUGUGGAGACAACUAGCAAGCCAGCCGAGGUCGUCUCGGGUCUGCGUUUGGCCUACGAAGCUCCCGAUAAACUGGACAUUUCAUCCAAUGAAACAGCAGCGGUUGGUGAUGGUGCGCCUGAAGCGAGUCUGGAGGAUCUGAUGGCCCAGAUGAAGUCCAUGUGAAGUAGCGAGAUCAAAAUUCCAUACUCUGUUAUUUAUACGCAUUAUAUAAAUAUAUUUACAAGUUUUUUUUACAACGCAAAUUUCUAAUCUGUUAUUCAGACAAAUAU